CUAAAUUAUCAGCUAGGGCAGAUAUAUUGGGUUGCCCGACUAACAUCCACUUUUGAACCCCCGGGACUAAGCCUCUUAACAAACAUCAUGUUGCUAGUCGCAGUAGGCGCCUGCUAUGUCGAUACAAUAUUAACAACACCGCAUUACCCCGGAGAGGAUGAAAAGCUACGUGCUUCCAGUAUCUCGCGACGACGAGGAGGGAACUGUCCAAAUACCCUGGAGGUAUUGCAACAGCUCGUCGCGGAGAAUCCAGCGGCUAAGGAAACAUCGCUAAAUCUUAUCGCCAUCCUACCUGCGCAAUCUUCUGUUGCUUCCCGGCAAAUCCGAGAGGCUUUUGAACCUGGAGUAUCUCUCAGCCAUUGUAUCUAUCGUGAACAGUUUCAGGAGCCAGCUUCUAGUUAUAUCUUCAAAAGCGAAGCGUCCGGCAGCAGGACAAUCGUCAAUUAUAAUGAGCUUCCGGAAAUGACGUUAGAGGAGUUCACCUCGAUCACUGACAGACUAAGGGCCCAAGACGCUUGGUAUCAUUUUGAGGGCCGCAUACCAGACGUGACACUGGCCUGUAUACGUCAUAUCCGUCACCACUAUCCGAACUCCAAGAUCAGUGUAGAGGUGGAAAAGCCUGGGCGGGAAGGGCUACAGGAACUUUCUGAGGAGGCAGAUGUAGUGUUUUACUCAAAGAGUUGGGCUCAAGCCAAUGGAUACAAGUCCGCUGAAGAAUGUGUUCGAAAGCAAUCAUCUCGGAUACAUAAGGCGUCUCUUCUUUGUUGUACGUGGGGGCAAGAUGGAGCUGCGGCCCUUGAAACCACCCCUACAAACUUCGUGCAUAGUCCGGCAUACACGCCGGGCGAUUUCCAGGUAGUUGACACAAUUGGAGCGGGAGAUACUUUCAUUGCGGGGAUGCUAUAUGGUUUGGUCUGCAAGGGAGAUUCCUGGGACCUUUCACGAAAGUUGCGUGCGGCUAAUCGUAUUGCGGGAAAAAAGGUCGCCCAGGAAGGAUUCAAUAACCUUGGGCGAGUAUUAGAAGCGAGUUCCUAGAUCCGGCUACGAGUAUGGAAUAUGAGCUCUACAAAUAGUUGAUGUCCGCUUUGAGCAAACCAUGUAGAGGGAGCUACCAUGUACAUAAAUGCGUACGAGAAAAGACGCACAGAACAAACCUCCCAUAAUAAAAUAUAAACACUC